GUGUUGAAUUGAAAAAACAAAAUCUAAUUGCUAUCGAAUCUAAUUUCUUAUUAAAAAUCUAAUAUUCAUAACUGAAGGGGUUCGGCAACAAUAAGUAAAAAUAAUCUACACCAUUUUUUACCAAAAAAUCUAAGCUCAUCUUUUCCGCUUCCUCCCCACAAGCUGAAACCCUAUCUUCCUCAUUGUUGCCAAAUCUCCUUCCUCACCAAAGCCAUGGCCAUCGAACCCUUGCAUUUUGGAUCUAAAAAUCAUGAAUUGUCGAUCUUCAUCAUUUUCUCUUCUUCAUUACUGUUGAACCCCUUCCCGACCAAAGGCCAUGGCCGUUGGACCACUUGCAUGCCAGAUCUAACAAACCACCGUAGCCCCCUUUUUUUUUUUUCUUGAUCAUUGCUUUGCUAUUUUUCUUUUUUUCUAUUCUUUCUUUGCGUUGAUGGUGAUUUCUGGUUGCAGGCAUUGAUAGAAAAAACCAAUUUGAACCCAAGUGAAAUCGGAGACAUUGUUGUGGGUACAGUGUUAGGUAUCUCAAUUUAACUGAUAUAUUUAUAGCUUAACAGUUCGAGAAAAAUCAUCCUACAAUUUUUCUUGGAUUUGGCAUUUUAGAUCUGCAUUUCAGUCGAGCUCUCAAGUAAUAUUUUGCCUCUUUAUAUUAUAUAAAUAAAGUUGCUUGACUUUUACAUAUCCUAAAUUCAAACUUAUGCAAAAUCCUCGAAUUUCUAUGCUAUUGUGGUAUAAUCAAGUUUCUGAUCAAGGCAUUUAUUGAUUACCUUGAUGCUUUGGCUAACACAUUCUUGACUUUCUUUGGCUGAUGAUCCAUAUAUUUACUGUGUCCAUGAAAUUGCUUUUUAACAUGUCAUAAUGCAGAUACUACAUGCUAUCAGCUGUUUGAAUUUUUCCUAGGAGGUUUCAUUGGAUUUUAGCAUCAUGUUUCUAAUUAUUUUUGCAUGAUGUUAAAACCAAAGGUUUUCUCCUUCUAGGUUUAACUUUUAGCACCUAGUCUUUUGUUUCCUGCUUUUUGUAAAGUUUCUAAAGAAACAGUUUUGGAGAUU